AUGGGCCCACAGCCGGUGCCUGUGGCAGUGAUAGUGAUGGGGCUCCUUCGGGACUCAGUUUUCUAUGUGGCCAAGCACAUGGCAGAGGCUCUGAAGCUGAAGUUUCCAAGCAAGUUUGCAGAUCCUUUAGUAGAAUUUGCAUGACAUGAAUAUUUAUAGGAGACAAAGAAGGAACUCAGAGGUGAGGUGUGAGCAUAUGUCUCCCUGGUGAUGUGCUUCAUUGAUGGCCAACUGCUGGGGAUGAGGAGAUCUCAAUUUUCCUACUGCCAAUGGUGCAAACCAUUUGAGCAGGCUGGGCAGCAGCCAACACUGAGAUCAGAAAUGCCAAGUGUAGCUGAAAACUUCCUUUCCCAAGAUGCUGAAGAGCUCGUCUGUGAUGAGAAGCUGCUCUCACCUCAAGGUCCUAGCAGCAAAGGGAAGAACACAACUGUGGCCCUUCAUCCCCCAACUCUUUCCCUAGAUGAAAGCAUCUCCAUCCAUCACAAGGGAGGGGAGGCCAACAAGGGUUGCCACAGCAACAACUCACAAUUCUACAUCUGCUUCCAGCCAACUCCCCAUCUGGACAAAAAAUAUGUGGCUUUUGGGCAACUGAUUGAGGGCACGGAGAUCCUCUGAAGACUGGAAGUUGUACCUACAUAUAAAAAAAGGCCUACUGUAGCCUGCAAGAUUGUUAACUGUGGGACCUUUGAGCCAUGAUUGCCAGCUGGUUUCCCUGCCUGCUGUAAGUACAGAGCUCAGGCACAGACGGCUUCAGCAGAGGAUAGCAG